UUUCCGCAUCCUUCUUCCCUCCCGCACCGCCAAACCCCAACGCCGCCGCCGCCUGUGCUGUUUCCUCGUGCUCCGCAUCCUCCACGCCAACAUCCAUUGCAGCUUCCUCUUCGACGCCGUCGCCACCGUGAUCCUGACGCCCUCUUCCGUGAUCGAACGUUGUCGCUACCACCGUAAUUCCCAAGUCCUCCUCCGUGAUCGAUCUCCGCCGCUGCCCGCCCCCAUCAUCCAGAUGCCCCUCAUCCACGCUCGGUCGUCGCGCCGCCAGCACCAUCCGCCCGUGACCUUGUACGACGACGACGCCCCAACCAAUCCACCCUGGACGUGUCCCUCCUUUACCUGACCGCCCCACUUCUUGCUACGAUCCCCCCUCUCCUCUCUUUCGCUGUCAGGAGUGGCGCCGAGAUGGAAGCGACGCAAAGGGCUUCCUGCCGAGAUGAAUUGUUGCGGCCAUCAGUGGCUCACGCAGGCUGGGAGCUGCUGCGAUGGGUACGAGGAGCCGGUCCUUCGCUACUUCCUCUGCGGCCAAGUCAAGCUCCCGCCCCUCUAUGCAACGGUGAGCACAUCCUUUUUGGCUUUGGCCUCGAGGUUGGGGGCAAGCAGAUCCACACAUGCUGCUGCAUUGAUCGAAAUUGGGGUCAAGCAGAUUGUCCUCCCGCCAAGAAUUUCCCCUGAUAGUCGUCCUGGUGCUGGGCGCCACCGUCUUCUUGGAGCACAUCUACAAGAUUGGGUGCACGUACUCGCUGCAGAGGACCGUCAUCUCGGAAACUUUCUUCAAGGAUCCGGUUAAAAGGUGGCAGGACCUCGAACACCUUGCUGUGCACAACAGCUAGCGGGGGAGAAGAUGGAGGCAGCACGGUGGUGCUGGACUCGGAGAAAAUGGGUCUUCGCCAUGGGCGCGUGACGUGACAUCGUAAAGAUGAAAGUUGCCCCUGACAUCAGCUCGAUCUAAUAAAAUGUGCCCAAGGAAGGGUUCACGUUGGCUACGUGUGAUGUGUCGGCGAUGGUGGUGACAUCAUCUUCAAGUCGAGUGGCAUCAUGGUCGAUUCCAUCAAGAUAUAUUUUUGUGAUGAUCACUGGUUUUUGCAUUUUCUCAGGAUUUUUUACACACUACAUUUGCACAGAAGUACUUUUUUGUGUGUGCUGACUACUGCAUAGCUUAUUUUCGAAUAGCACCAUCUAAUGUUCCUUGUCGAGAUGAAUCCUUGCUACUCCAUCUUGAGACAACUGGAGUGGACGAGCAAAUUUCCUGUGGUAAGUGCCUGAUAUUUUGGUAUUUCAAUUUUGGCACAUUAGUUGAAUGGCAGUGAUCACUUAAUUGGCUUUCUGGUAUGAUUGAAUCUUCAUCCACUCUACAAUUUUGGAGUAGUAGAUCCGGUGGUGAAGCUUCGCCUAAUAACGCACCGGUGGUGGCUAUGAUGAGAAGAUAGCUCGUGAGGUCAUAGCUAAUUUAGAAGUAUAGAAUAGUCAUGUCUGGUCUAUCGACUUGAUUAUGCUCAGAGUACGAUGAUGGUAAUUCUGUAUUUUUGAAUCUCUGAAUAUAUGUAGGAUUGUCUAUUUGCAUAUUGACAGUA